GAAAGCGGAAGCGGAUCCGGUUUUUCUUCCUAGAGCGGGAGGGGGGAAGUGGAGGUCGGUUGUCCCGGCACCUGCUAUUGCCAACCUACCUAGGGUCUCCUUGAAUGCUUUGUGCAUUUGUGCAUCUGUUUAAUAAGCUGAACAAAGGAAAUUGUCUUAUACAAAGUCACACCCGUUGGUCCAUCUAGUGCUAUUGAUUUAUUUUUUCCUUUUGGAAAACCCACCUACUGACCAGAGCACUGUGUGACAUCAGAACAAAGAUCCUUCAGAUCUCUCCUAGGAAACAUGAUUUCCGAAAGCGGCUCAUUUGUGAAGGGCAUGAUGCUUGGAGGGAUUUUCUGCGUCUUGGUCACGCUUCUAGGACACAUUAAGAUGGGCCACAGCACUACGUCUCACGAGCACCGCCAUCUCCAGGCUCCCAAAAAGGAGGAUGUUUUAAACCUCUCUGAGGAUGAGCGCCUGGAAUUGAGCCAGAGCAUCCGUGUCUAUUGCAUCAUCCUUGUCAAACCAAAAGAUCUUGGGCACUGGGCAGCUGUUAAAGAUACAUGGAGCAAACACUGUGACAAGGCAGAAUUCUACAGUUCCGAGAAGGUCAAAGUCUUUGACUCCAUCGUGCUAAACACAGAUGACAUGUGGUCAAUGAUGAGAAAAGCAUACAAAUUUGCAUAUGAAAACUACAAAGAUGACUUCAACUGGUUCUUCCUGGCCCAUCCUACCACAUUCGCUGUUAUUGAAAACCUAAAAUAUUUCUUGCUGAAACAAGACUCUUCCCAGCCGUUCUACACGGGCAGAACAGAGACAUCUGGAGACUUGCAGUAUGUGAACGGGGAUGGAGGAAUCGUCUUAAGCAUAGAGUCACUAAGGCGGCUUUACAAAGUUUUUGAGGAUCCGGACAAGUGUCCUGAACAAGGUGGCAUGAUUUGGAAGCUCUCUGAUGAUAAGCAACUAGCUGUCUGCUUGAAGUACACUGGGGUACACGCUGAGAAUGCAGAAGACUCUGAAAAGAAGGACAUCUUCAACACCAAGUCAGUUGGCUCUCUCAUUAAAGAGGCCAUGUCGAUUCACCCAGAUGAGGUGGUGGAAGGCUGUUGUUCAGAUAUGGCUAUCACCUUCAGUGGAUUAGCUCCUAAUCACAUGCACGUUAUGAUGUAUGGAGUUUACAGGCUCAGAGCAUAUGGGCAUAAUUUUAACGAUGCCUUGGUUUUCUUGCCUCCCCCAGGCUCUGAUAAUGAUUAAGACUUGUUCCUCAGGAGAUGGUAUGUGAAGGGUGUAAAAUGUGUAGUCUUAAUGUACUGUAUAGUAUCCUUCAGCAAACAGCAUGUACAUAAAGUGAUCCAAAUUUUGUAUUUGAAGGUAAUGAUGUAACUACAUGUUUUGCACAACCUGGUUUUAUAAUCUUUACAAGUGGGGAAAGGGGUGGGGGGCUUAAAAGCAACUCUUCUAGAAAUUUGAGUUGUCUUCUGAAAAAUGGUUAACAAAAAUCUGUAGUGGGUAUAUAUUUAAAAUGAAAAAUCAUCCUCAGUCUACUGUAAAUUAAAUCUAUUUUUGCAGUUUUGGGGUUUGUGUGUGUUCCAUCCUUUCAUAGUGGCAGCUUUUCAUGCUCGAAGGGGAUGGAAAAAUACAAAUAAUGCCUUUAAAACAGCCUUCAGUUAUUUCCUUUUGACUUGGUGGGAUGGGAGGUGAGCUCAACCUCAUUGUUCAUUUUUAAAUAAAACAUUUCUCUUGUCA